ACAAGCGCACAACAAGGAAGUUGCACGCGGGAGCAGGGAAGUAAACGCAAACUACCGGUACUCGUGGAAGGCCAUCGACAGCACGUUCAAAAAGGCAACCAUGUCCAGCAGAAGGGUGGUGGUGUUCCCCUCGUCCACGGAGCUCGGCCCGGUGCUGGCCCAGCUGGUGUGCGACCGUGCCCAGAAGGCCCUGAGCGCCGGCCGCGGCCACUUCAGCCUGGGCCUCUCGGGCGGCAGCCUGGUGUCCAUGCUGAGCAAGGAGCUUCCCACUCAGCCGGGCCUGGACUGCAGCAAAUGGGUCGUGGGCUUCUGUGACGAGAGGGUGGUGCCUUUCGACGACCCGGAAAGCACCUACGGCUUGUACAAAAACCAGCUAUUCUCCAAAAUCAACAUUCCAGAGAGCGCUGUUCUGGCCAUAGACUCCUCGUUACCUGUGGCAGAGUGUGCAGAGGAUUAUGCCCGCAAACUGAAGCAGGUCUCCAGUGAGGACAUUCCCGUGUUUGAUGUUCUGCUGUUGGGCAUGGGGCCUGAUGGGCACACCUGCUCCCUCUUCCCUGGCCACCCCUUACUAGAGGAAACCCAAAAAACAGUAGCCCCCAUCAGUGACUCCCCCAAGCCUCCCCCUAACCGAGUCACCAUGACCUUCCCCGUGGUCAACGCUGCUCGCUGUGUCAUCUUCGUGUCUACCGGAGGCAGCAAAGCCCCUGUGCUAAAGGAAGUGCUGGAGGGUGGAGAGGGGCCGGCUCUUCCGGCGGCGCGCGUGGCCCCCACUCAGGGGGAGCUCUUCUGGCUGGUGGAUGAGCCGGCGGCAGCCUCCCUCACCCUUGAGGUGGAGAGGCCAGGGCCUGGAGCCAAACUGUGACCGAUAAACCAUCAAGCCUGGUUUAGACUUGUCCUUCAGUUGGAGGACACGUACUGUCAGCGGGGGGUAGCGGCAGAUCAAGUACCCAAACAGCCACCACGCCCCCUCUUUUAGUGUCCCACAACUGAAGGAGAGGUCUAAACAGACCUUUAGAGGUGUCAAAAGUAAAAGAAGACGUACGUUUGUGGUGUAAGUGCAACACUAGUACAUGAUAUUACCAUACAUACUGUAGCUGUUACACCAGUUAUUGCAUUGUACCUAAUGAGGUAGAUACACUGUGCUGUUACUGAAAAACUAAGAACCGCUAAGAACGCUAAGAACCUAAAAAGAACCCACCAUAAACUUGAUCUAACCAGCGCAGAAUCAGCUGAGUGUAAGACAGUAGACUGGUAGACUGGUAUCUUGGUUACGCAGUGAAGUUACCUGUGUUGGAAGGAAUCUGUGGGUUUUUUUAAACUUCUACUUUUACUUAUAACAUCUCUGCAAACCAUGAAAAUAAUACUGAGAGAAAUACUGUAUGUACUGUAUUUGUUGAAUGGAAAAAUAACUAAAGUAAGAUCAUUUUGUUAACAGAAGGCAUUUGGGUUUUGUUUGUUUGUUUGUUUUAACCAGGAUGACCAAUUACUCCUAUUUCUGUUUCUUUUCUGUUCAUCUGUGUAGCAGGUUUACAUAAACCACAGAAGGUUCUAAAAUCA